ACUUCCCCUCUAUCUCUCUCUCCUCUCUCUCUCUCUCUAUCUCGCGCAUACACACCGCUUUUCUGCUCCAAGGGUUUGCAAUCUCCCUGUAAAUUCCGUCCCUCCGAUCUCCGUCCAACAUCAUUUUAGGGCUUGCCGCGCAUGAAAUAGCUGCGGACAUCUGGAUUAUUUUAUGCAUCGCAGAUUCCAAAUCUACGAAGAUCUGUGUGGAGGAGAAACUCCCGCCCGGAGCUGGCCAUUCUAGGGUUCUGUUUGAUGUUCAAGGAAGCGUUUGAAGAUCCGAGGGCUGUGAGCGAUAUUGUAAUUGUGAGGAAUUUUUGAAGAGAGAGUUAUGGAUUUGGAUUUCAAUGGCGACGUGGCGAGCCUCGAUGCCGAACUCUUGCAGCUGCCGGAGGUUUCCCCUUUGGCCAUCAAGGACAAUCCCUUCGUGGCGGAGAAGCUUUUUGAUCAGUGGCUAUCCCUUCCCGAAACUAAUUCUUUGGUGAAAUCCUUGCUUAAUAAUGCCAAGGGAGGAGGUUCGUUGAAUGUCUCUGGAACAUCAUCUAGCGCAGGUGCUGCAGCAAGCAAUACAUUACCUUCAAUGUUUCCCGCUGUCAGUACGCCACCACUUUCACCGAGAAGCUCAUCAGGUUCACCUCGGAUCAUGAAACAAAGGGCAGGUCCCUCUGCUUUAGGUUCGUCCUUGAAAACAGUGAAUGAGCCUGCAAAGGAGCUUAUACCUCAGUUCUAUUUCCUAAAUGGCCGUCCACCGCCAAACGAUUUGGAAGAUCGGUGCGUGUUAAGAAUCAAUCAAUUUUUUUAUGGCCACGUGGAUGGGCUCCAAAUCAACGAAUUCAAACCGGUGACGAAGGAAAUCUGCAAGCUACCAUCGUUUUUCUCAACUGCAAUUUUUAGAAAAAUUGACGUUGAUGGCACGGGAACUGUGACUAGGGAUGCAUUUGUCGAUUAUUGGAUCAAGGGAAACAUGUUGACGAAAGAUACAGCAACCCAAAUAUACACAAUUCUGAAGCAACCGGACGUCAAGUACUUGGCUCAGGAUGACUUCAAACCAGUGCUUCGAGAACUCUUGACAACUCAUCCCGGGUUGGAGUUCUUACAGAGUACGCCUGAAUUUCAAGAGAGAUAUGCUGAAACUGUAAUAUACAGAAUAUUUUACUACGUCAAUAGAUCGGGUAAUGGUCAUCUUACCCUCAGGGAGCUGAAGCGUUCAAAUUUAAUUGCUGCGAUGCAACAUGCAGAUGAAGAAGAGGACAUUAACAAAGUGUUAAGGUACUUCUCUUACGAACAUUUUUAUGUGAUAUAUUGCAAAUUCUGGGAGCUGGAUACCGAUCAUGACUUUCUGAUAGACAAAGAGAACCUCAUCAGAUAUGGUAACCAUGCACUUACCUACAGGAUUGUUGAUAGAAUAUUUUCUCAGGUUCCCAGAAAGUUCACCUGUAAGGUUGAAGGAAAGAUGGGAUAUGAAGAUUUCGUUUACUUCAUAUUGUCAGAAGAGGAUAAAUCAUCUGAGCCUAGUCUUGAAUACUGGUUCAAAUGCAUAGAUUUAGAUGGAAAUGGAGUUAUAACGAGGAAUGAGAUGCAAUUCUUUUAUGAGGAGCAGUUGCAUAGAAUGGAGUGCAUGGCCCAAGAGCCUGUGCUUUUUGAGGAUAUUUUAUGUCAAAUAGUUGACAUGAUUAAUCCAGAGGAAGAGAGCUAUUUUACUUUACGUGAUUUGAAAGGAAGCAGGCUCUCAGGGAGUGUUUUUAAUAUCCUUUUUAACCUUAACAAGUUCAUGGCUUUUGAGACUCGUGACCCUUUCCUAAUUCGGCAGGAGCGCGAAAACCCAACUUUGACAGAGUGGGAUCGCUUUGCGCACAGAGAAUAUAUUAGGCUUUCAAUGGAGGAAGAUGCAGAAGAUGCCUCUAAUGGGAGUGCAGAUGUUUGGGAUGAAUCACUUGAGGCUCCUUUCUGAGUUAUGUUUGGUGAGAUCUCUGUUGACGUUAAGAAAGGUGUCUAUAAUGAAUUCUUUGUAUCGAACUUGCGAUAAAGCAGUAAUUUUUGUUGGACAAACCAUCAAAUGGGAUUCGGCAGUCCGCGUGUAGCAUGCUUGUCAAGCUAGGGAGUUGUUAAUUUCCGUAACAUGGGGGCUUCGGAAAAUGCUUGGUGAGAGUGCACCAGUAUUGUUGACUGGCAACUAACUGGCAACAUAUUAUGUUAGUUCACAGCUUUUAGCACUUCUCUUUGCUUGUAGUUGUAAGAAAAAAAAAUGUUUAUUAAUUAUUUCUUUUCGAGCCAAUGUGUAGUACUUAGUACAUUUUAUUUUUUUCCGGGUGGGAUUAGUUUGGUUUAACUGUGGUGUAUUUCUCUUUUCUUGCUUGUUGCCUUUAUCAAAUUCUUUUUUGUAUUCCGACUUUUUGGUUGUCUGUGUAUGUUAUUUGUUUCCGGUUUCCUUGUCU